AUGAAAAACAACAGUGAAAAAAAACCACAAGAACAUUCAACUGCUGAUUCUUCAAAUGACCCAAACAACGACAACAAUAAUAACCCAGACGUAUCGUCGCUUCCACCACCACCACCCAUUACACCACCACCAACUGAGCAAGAGUCAAACGAUAUCCUUUCUCCAUGGUGGUCUGCCGAAGUACCAGCUGGCCAACCUACGAAGCCAGGAGGAGACAAAAUUAUGUUGACAUUCAAUCGGAAAGCUGUACGAGAAGAACUUGGGCCGGAUGGAAAGAAAACAGGAAACCAAUCGGACGAGUGGACGGAAUUCUGUAUCUUUCUUGCACCCAACGAAUAUUUCAAGCGCUCAAAAGGGAAAGGGGAGAUUGGAACACCAAUUGACAAAGACGAAAAAAAGCUGAAUCAAUCUUGUAGUAUGCUUUGUUUUCUAAAGGAGAGUGAAGAACGACGAAAGUCAAAAUUAGAAGAAUUAAAGAUACCCAAUUCAUGGAAUCCAUUUUAUGGAAGAUGGAUUAUUGCUUCUACAAGAUUAGACAUGUCAAUGGAACACCUUGCUGAAAAGCUUCCUGUAAAAAAAGUGAUCCCAGGAUACCGGUCAAUUGAGUUAGGAGAAUACGUUGAUCAGCUUGGUCAAGGAGUGAAAAAGAUGGUGCUUGGAUCUUUCACACCUGUACAAAACUUCACAAAACGAUAUAUGGACUCUUGGAAGGAUGGCACUCAAAAAGCAUUCUUCAAUAGGUUCUGGGAGAGCUCCCAACGAGGAGAUGCGUUUAUUCUGGUGAAAGACAAUACCAAGAAAAUGAUUGACAGUGCGCUUUACAAUAUCAAGAAAUCUAGUGAUGAGAGUGACAAUGAUAACAAGAAGGACCCAAACAAGUAA